AGAAUGCAUUUCAACUUGCUUUCUUUGCAUGGAGUUCUUAUGAAUUCGGUUUCAGUAAUUGUUUCCAUAAAGAACCUCAAGAUAUUGCCAUUAGAAUUAUAGUUGGACUUGUUGUACAGAUACUUUGCAGUUAUGUGACUCUUCCACUCUAUGCUCUUGUCAUUCAGAUGGGUACUAGGAUGAAGCCAACGGUAUUCAACAAAAGAGUAUCCAAGAUGCUAAAUAAGUGGCAUCACAAAGCACAGAAAGAGACACAACAUGGAAGACGCUCUGAAUCAAACACACCAACUCAUGACUCAUCUCCGAUCCAUCUCCUUCACAAUUCCAACAACCAAAGCGGUGAAAGUUUUCCUAAUCUUCGUCCUCCUAGCCACUCUGAGCAUCAUGACCACCGCCAGUUUUAUGAUCCUGAGUCUCAACAACAAGCAGCUGAAUCUUCCACACAUGAAAGUGCAUCCAUUGAACUUCCUAUUAUACGACCAGCAGCAAACGCUUAA